AUGUUCAAAAACGAAUUUCGCAUCAAAUCGAAUGCUGCACUAAAAGGCGCCGAUCAAAAAAAACUCAAAUCAACCAUUUGCAAAUGUUUUAACUUGACCAAUGAAAUGCUGGAUGAAUUUUUGAAUCAUAAACAAUUGUCACUGUUGAAAGUUAUAACCUGCACUAAUGAUAUAGUCAAGAUUUAUUGUGCCCAAGAAGUUGCGUUAGUGUUUGAUUUUAAAGGCAAAUAUUAUCCAACAUUGUUUAUGGUUUGGUCAUUUCCUCACAUAGUCCCCAGAUUAAUAUUACAUGAGAAUUUCAGAUCCAAACUCAGUUCACCGUCAGAACUAACUAUAAAAGAUUUAACUUUUUUAAAUAAUGAUCAUAUACUAGUUCCGUUGCUUGUUGAUCAGUGUGUUAGUAUAUGUACCAACUCAUGUGAAAAAAUUGUUGCAAUUGGAUACUUGAUACUUAAUGGAAAUACUAUAGUAAACCAUGAAAAGAACAAAGAUAUCUGUUUAAAAGUGUUACAUUAUCACAAAGAUGAACUUUUUAAAUCUAACAUAUUAAACAUUAUGCCUGAUGUAGUUUUAAUGAUGGAACGUUCUUUUAAAAAUGCUCCUGAAUUAAAUGAUGAUAUACCAACUCAGUCAGAAGAUACCCGAACUAUUAUUGAAAAAAUGGAUGAAUUGCUAAUGACGUGUUCACUAAAAGCAUUAAAACAUUGCAUUAAAAAAGAAAUGCUGCCUAUUUUAGCUAGUACAUUCUAUAAGAAAUAUGUAAUGUCAUUUUGUCCUGAAGGAAUAGAACUUGACAUUAAAAAAACUAGUUUUAAAAAGUUAACAACGUUUUUACAGUUAUUGGAUGUAGAAGGUAUAAUCAAAUUUAAUGUUGGUAGUAAUGGUAUUGCUGAAAUAACCCAGGUCAUUCAUAGUAAUAGAAAAUUUCAAGAAAUAAAUAUAGAAGAAAAUUCUGAGUUGAAAGAAAAUGAUGAUGAAUAUACACCUCCAGUAAAAGAGAUUUAUAUAGUCACACCAGGAUUAUAUCCUAUAUUUUCAGAAUUUCUUUGUCGGAAAGGAGAUGAAUUACCAUUAUCGUCUAUUCGAAGAUAUAUUACAGAAUAUAUUAAGAAAUAUGAACUACAAGAUAAAACGGACCCUUCGGUAGUAAAUACAAAUGAUGUCUUAAAAAAAAUAUUAUCUCAAAGAAAAGAAAAAUCUUCAAUAACCUUCAAAGAUUUAAUUGAAGAAGUGACAAAAAUAAUGCAUCGGACUGAAAUAUCAGUCCUGAAUACUGAGACAAAAAAAAACUUAAAGAAAAAAAUUAAUAAUAUUGAAAUGACUGUUAAUAAUCGAAGUGGAAACAAAAAGGUGACUCUAGUUAAUAAUUUAGAACUAUAUGGUGUCGAUGUCUUAAAAUUUAGUAAAGAAUGUCAACAUGGUGUAGCUGCCAGUACAACUAUUAAUGAUAUACCAAAUGCACAAAAUAGACAAGUCCAAAUUCAAGGCUCUCAAGUUCUUUUUGUGUAUAAAUUAUUAACAGAUCAAUAUAAAAUUCCUGUUAAAUUUAUAAGAGGACAUGAAACUUAUAUCAAGAAACAAAAAAAAUAA